UUAUGGUAUAUACACUUGAAGAUUUUCACAUCUUUCAGUUUCCUUUUGUAGUUUCUAAGUAAAGGGUGUGAGUGAAGCUUCAGUGAAAGAGAGCUCUUUUGGUACUUAACCCAAGUUUUCAAAAGUUGAAAGCUUUACUUUUUUUCAACUUCUCAUGGUGGUUUGUUACUAUAAUGAGAAAAAAAAAAUGAUGACUUUGGAGAAGUAAAGCCAUUUUGAAGGAGGGAAAAGAAAAAGAAAGAAGAAACCCCAAGACGAGUAAGAGGAAACUCUCGAAAGGGUAGUGAAUAAUAGUUUAUAGAAAUAUGCCAACAGUUUGGUUCUCUCUGAAGAAGUCUCUACAUUGCAAAUCAGAGCCCCAAGAUGUUCAUGACCCAAAAUCAAGAAAACUGUUGAGCACAAUCUUGACAAGAAAAGGAGGAGGAGGAGGAGGAGGAGGAAGAUCAGGAUGUUCAAGGUCAAUAGCAAAUCUCAAAGAUGUAAUCCAUGGAAGCAAAAGGCAUUUGGAGAAGCCCCCAAGUUGUAGCCCAAGAUCCAUUGGAAGCAGUGAGUUUCUAAACCCAAUAACUCAUGAAGUAAUCUUGAGCAACUCAAGGUGUGAGCUCAAGAUAACUGGCUUCCAUGGCUUCCAAGAUGGUGGUUUUGGUGGGCCCAGCAGUGGCAAUUGUGGAAAUGGCCUUGGAGGAGGAGGAGGAAGUAGUAGUAGUAAUGGGGGUAGUGGAUUUGUGGGCACUUUGAGACCAGGCACACCUGGGCCUGGAGGACACUCCACAAUGCAUUAUUUCAAUAAUCCUUCAUUUAGGGCCUCAUCAACUCCUCCUAGGAAAUCUCCUUUUCUUGUGUCAGAUAAUGGCUCUGCUAAUGAAGGCUUUAGGCCAAGCAAUAGAGUCUCUCUUGAUGCAGAUUCCAUUAAUGGCUCUUCUUCCACAAUCACUUGUCAUAAGUGUGGAGAGCAGUUUACCAAAUGGGAAGCUGCUGAAUCUCACCAUCUGUCUAAACAUGCAGUUACUGAGCUUGUGGAGGGUGACUCAUCAAGAAAAAUAGUGGAGAUAAUAUGCAGGACAAGCUGGUUAAAGUCUGAGAACCAAUUUGGCAGGAUUGAGAGAGUCCUUAAAGUCCACAACAUGCAAAAAACACUAGCCAGGUUUGAAGAACACAGGGAAAUGGUAAAAAUCAAAGCCAGCAAGCUACCGAAGAAGCACCCCCGUUGCCUCGCCGACGGGAACGAGCUCCUGCGGUUCUACGGCACGACUCUGGCGUGUUCUCUGGGCCUAAAUGGCUCAUCCAGUUUGUGUGUAUCAGAAAAAUGCAGUGUUUGUAGGAUCAUAAGAAAUGGGUUCUCAGCAAAAAAGGAGCUCAAGGAAGGAGUGGGAGUUUUCACAACUUCCACGAGUGGAAGAGCUUUCGAGUCAAUCGACAUAUUUGAAGAGGACCCAACAUUGAGAAAAGCCUUAAUAGUUUGCAGGGUCAUUGCUGGGAGGGUCCAUAGGCCAUUGGAGAACAUACAAGAAAUUGCUGGUCAAACUGGUUUUGACUCAUUGGCUGGGAAAGUUGGUCUUUACUCAAAUAUUGAAGAGCUUUAUUUGCUGAAUCCUAGAGCACUUCUUCCUUGUUUUGUGGUUAUCUGCAAACCAUGAAGAGAAGUGAAAAUAGAAAAAAAAAAAAAA